AUGGCCGCGCCCGCAGUGCACCACCUCCCGCAGGCCGGCAACUCGGUCGGCAUCUUCCCGCAGAUGACGGCGCGGCAGAGCGAGACGCUCGUGCUCAAGGAGAAGAUGCUGUCCCUGACGGGCGACAGUUUCGACAUCAAGCUCGCCAACGGGCAGCCUAUCCUCCGCGUGCAGGGCAAGGCGCUGUCCAUCUCGGGCCGCAAGUCCGUCUACGACAUGGCGGGCAACCACCUGUUCGACAUCGCCAAGGAGCACUUGCACAUUCACACGACCUUCGUGGCGCAGGAUCCUCAAGGGAACAAGAUCAUGGAGGUCAAAAGCAGCUUUGCGCUCAUCGGGUCCAAGGCGACGGCGACCUUCAUAUCCCCGCACUCGGGCAAAAGCGAAACCCUCGAGAUGAAGGGCAACUGGCUGUCGACGCAGGCCGACAUCGUUGACACGACGACGGGCCAGGUGCUGGGCCGGAUCGACCGCAACAUGCUGCGGGUGCGCGACUUCCUGGGAGGCAAGCAGACGUACGCGCUGACGGUGGCGCCGGGCGUCGACAUGGCCCUCAUGUGCGCCCUGUGCAUCUGUCUGGACGAGAAGAAGAACGACCAGAAGGGUUGA